AUGGAGGCGCUGGGCGGCUGUCACCGCCGCUGCCUCGCCUUGGUGCUGCUCCUGGCUUCGUGCAUCGGCUGCGCGGCCACGCCGCGCAGGAACAUCCCCCGCCGGCAAGCAGAGAGGCUGGGGCCUCCUCUGGACAUUCGGCUGGAUUCACUGAACUGCACAGCGUUCAGCGUGCAGUGGAAGAUGCCAAAGCAGCACGCGAGCACCAUCACAGGGUACAUGGUCUUUUACUCAGAAGUUGAAGGUGACAAAGCAGUUAAACAGCUCUCACAUGAUGUUCCCCUGAGUCUGGAUAUGAUUAGCAUGGGUCAACUUGAAGGACAAGCAGUUUUUGAUGUUGUUAUUGGCGACCUGAAGCCAGGCACUCCACACCGCGUUAGCAUUGGAGCGUAUGGCUGGUCAGGGAAAGGACGGCCCAGCAUGCCCAGGGAGGUCACAACUUUAUCCCAAGAUAAGUGCAUGCCUCCUGCACCACCCUAUCAGCCCCAGAUUGUGGUGGUUUCUGAUUCAGAAGUUGCAUUGUCCUGGAAGCCUGGAGCGAGUGAAGGAAGUUCUCCCAUCCAGUACUACACGGUGGAGUUUAUCAGGCCAGACCUUGACAGCAACUGGACGGUAAUAAGAGAGCACAUCCAGAUGGAGUCCAUGGUUCUCAAAGGGCUUCUCCCAAACACAAGGUAUCAAUUUGCCAUCCGAGCAGAAAACUCCUUUGGAUCCAGCCCUGCCAGUGCACCGAGCGAGGUCAUCCGCACAUUCAGCUCUGAGGAGUUGGGAAGUGGAAACUAUGGGCAUCGGUACAUCACAGACACAGUGACUGGUGAUGAUGAUGGAUUUGAUAUUGAUGAUUCAGACUAUGACAUUUAUAUAGAAGAGCUCAGACCACUUCCUGCUAUUAAAGGAGGCAACAGAAAAUUUCUGGUUGAAACAAAGGUCACUCCAGGGUCUAGUUCCAGGCUUCUGUCACGGGUCCUUACAACCACUUCUGAACCCACUCCUUCCACUGCUGCCGUCACACGGCCUUCAACCACAGUAAGGGUGGCCACAGCGAGGGGCAGCGUGUCCUCUGCCGCGCGCCUCCUUGACCUGUCCUGCGACGAGGCCGUGUGCUCUGCAGACAGCUUCUGCAUCAACGACUACGACCGGGGCGGCUCCCGCUGCCACUGCAACUUGGGCAAAGGAGGGGAGACGUGUGAGGAAGAUAUUAGUAUCCAGUAUCCUCAGUUCUCUGGCUACUCAUAUAUCACCUUUGAACCACUGAAAAAGUCCUAUCAGACAUUUCAAAUUACGCUUGAAUUCAGGGCUGAAUCUGAAGAUGGUUUGCUGCUGUACUGUGGAGAAAAUGAACAUGGUCGUGGUGAUUUUAUGUCACUGGCAAUUAUCCGACGUAGCCUCCAGUUCAGGUUCAACUGUGGCACAGGAGUUGGAGUCAUAACGAGUGAAAACAAAAUCAAGCUGGGGAACUGGCACAGUGUCACAUUGUUCAGAGAUGGGGUGAAUGGCUGGCUCAGGAUGGACAACAAUGCUCCAGUGACAGGAAAAUCUCAGGGCCAGUACAGCAAAAUCACGUUCCAGACUCCCUUCUACGUUGGCGGCACUCCCAGCGUGUACUGGCUGGUCAGGGCCACCGGCACCAACCGCGGCUUCCAGGGCUGCGUCCAGUCACUGAGCAUCAAUGGAAAGAUAAUUGACAUGAGACCCUGGCCACUAGGGAAAGCUCUCAGUGGUGCUGAUGUUGGUGAGUGCAGCAGUGGCAUCUGUGAUGAGGCAGCCUGCAUCAACAGUGGUACCUGUACUGCAAGCAAAGCAGACUCUUAUAUUUGCCUUUGUCCUCUGGGAUUUAAAGGCCAUCAUUGCGAGGAAGCACUCACCUUGGCCAUACCGCAAUUCAACGAAUCCUUAAGAUCAUUUGCUAGCACACCCUGGCCCUUGGAACCACAGAAUUACCUUUCCUUCAUGGAGUUUGAGCUGACAUUUCGUCCAGAUUUAGAGACUGGUGUCCUUUUGUACAGCUAUGACUCAGACAGCAAGGACUUCCUCUCCAUUAACAUGGUGGCUGGCUACGUGGAGUUCAGGUUUGACUGCGGCUCAGGAACAGCUGUUAUCAGGAGUGAAGAACCUGUCAGCCUGGGUCAGUGGCAUGAAUUGCGAGUGUCUCGCACGGCAAAGAACGGUAUCCUGCAGGUGGACAAACAGAAGCCAGUGGAAGGGAUGGCAGAGGGGGCUUUUACACAGAUUAAAUGCAGCUCUGAAAUAUUUAUUGGUGGAGUCCCUAAUUACGAUGAUGUGAAGAAGAACUCUGGGAUCCUCAGGCCCUUCAGUGGGAGCAUCCAGAAGAUUAUCUUGAAUGACCGGACAAUUGAUGUGAAACAGGAUUUCACUUUUGGAAUCAACCUAGCAAAUGCUGCCCAUCCCUGUGUGACCUCACCAUGUGCAAAUGGAGGCACCUGCAUUCCCAAGAAGGACAGCUAUGAAUGUGACUGUCCCCUGGGCUUUGAUGGACAACAUUGCCAAAAAGAGUGUGGAAGUUACUGCCUAAACACUAUUACAGAAGCAAUUGAAAUCCCACAAUUUAUUGGUCGCAGUUACCUCACAUAUGAUAAUCCAGAUAUCCUGAAAAGGGUAUCAGGAACAAGAACAAAUGUGUUUAUGAGGUUUAAAACCACAAUGAAGGAAGGACUUUUGAUGUGGAGGGGAAACAGUCCCAUGAGACCGAACAGUGAUUUCAUCUCUCUAGGCCUUCAGGAGGGAGCAUUAAUAUUCAGCUACAAUCUGGGCAGUGGCAUUGCUUCCAUCACGGUGAACGGCUCUUUCAGCGAUGGCCGGUGGCACAGAGUCAAAGCUGUUCGGGAUGGACAGUCUGGCAAAGUAACCGUGGACGAUUAUGGUGCCAGGACCGGUAAAUCCCCUGGGAAGAUGAGGCAGUUAAAUAUCAAUGGAGAUCUCUAUGUAGGUGGCAUGAAGGAAAUUGCCCUGCACACAAACCGGCAGUACCUGCGGGGGCUAGUGGGCUGCAUCUCCCACCUCACACUCUCAACUGACUACCACAUCUCGCUGGUGGAGGAUGCUGCCAAUGGGAAGAACAUCAACACAUGUGGGACCAAGUGACAAGAGAGGAAUCCUGGUGCUGAGGACCCGU